AAAUAUUAAAAAAAAAAAAAAAAAAACCCUAGUAGGGUUGAGGGAAAUUUAAUCAAAGGUUUAGGCGGCCGCAGGCCCGCAAAUGAUCUAUAAAUUUGCUCUAAACCCUUUAAACCCUAGUGCUUCUUCAUCCUUCUUCAAUGGCAAACAUGCAAUUUUGGGGUGUUGACGUGAAGUCGAAACAGCCUACCCAGGUAGCCCUUGAAGAGGGUCAAGUUAUUCACCUUUCUCAGGCUACUCUAGGUGAGGUGAAGAAGGAUAAGGAGACUGUUACUAUUCAUGUUAAAGUUGGAGAGCAGAAGCUAGUGCUUGGAAUGCUAAGCCAGACUACCCCUCAGUUAACUUUUGAUUUGGUUUUUGAUGAGGACUUUGAGAUUUCUCACAAUUGGAAACAUGGAAGUGUUCAUCUUAUGGGAUAUCAAACUGCUAUGGAAGAUGAUGAUGAAAUCUUCUCAGACUCAUCUGAUGACGAAGAAGUCCCUGUUUUGCAGAAAGAAAAUGGUAAACUUCCUGAGGCUGCCAAGCCCAAGGUUGCCGCAAAGCCAGCAAAAGAAGUUAAGCCCAAGCCAGAAGAGAAAGAUGACUCUGAGGAUGAUAGUGAUGACGAUGAAGAUGAUAGUGAUGAGGAUGGUGAUUCUGAUGAGGAUUUGAUGGGCAUCAGUGAUGACAGUGAGGAUGAUGACGACGACGAUGAUGAUGACGACGAGUCAGAGGAUGAGAAACCCGCAAAGGCUGAAUCUGGGAAGAAAAGACCUAAUGCUGAAGCUAAGACACCUGAGUCCAAGAAGGCUAAACUUGCUACUCCCCAGAAAACAGAUGGAAAGAAGGGCAGCGUGCACAUAGCAACUCCUCACCCAUCAAAGAAAGGCGGAAAGACUCCUGGCAGCGACAAAUCCCCCAAGUCUGGACAAACUUCUUGUGGUCCUUGCAAAAAGAGCUUUAAUUCAGACGCUGCUCUGCAAUCUCACAAUAAGGCAAAGCAUGGUGGCAAGUAAAUUGUUUACAGUCUUGACUGAUUUGAUGAUUGUAGCAUGAAGGGAGGUGAGGAGCUUAGUCUCGAAUUUUGUUAGCCUUCUAUCAUGUCUCGAAUUUUUCGUUUUUUCUUUUUCUUAGAGGAUUGAGUAUACUUCGGGAGAAUGUUGCCUAGAUAGAACUUUAUAUCAAAUGCUAUUUGGUUCCUACAGAAAAUACUGAUAUGGAAAUAUUCAGUCGGAAAUGAUGUUUUGGCGCUCAUAUA